AUGCAGCCACCAGCGUCGGGGCUGGGCUACCAGGAGAGCCCCCAGGGGAGGAGCUUUGGGCUCCUUCCCGGAGGAGCUGCCCGGGCCAUUUCAAAGGCUCGGCGGAACGUGUGUCGCCGGGCUGAGUCUGCAGUGAAUGGCCGCACAUGGUCAGGUGCAGAAACGAAGCUGCGGGAGGCGGAGAGAAGGGCGGAGGAGCGGAGGCUUGAGGAGGUGGAGGACCGGGAAGCAGGGGGUGUCCAGUGGCUCUCCUGCCACCGACUCCUGGCUUCCCGCGGGAUGAGCCAGCUUCCGCCCCGUGGGACAGGGCUCCCUCGCCACGCAGCCGGCAUUCGGGGUUUUCUUACCGGUGCUUUCUUUGUCCUGGGCUGCUGGGGGCUCUCUGAUUUCCAGCAGGAUUUUUUUCAGCCUCUGGAGCCCCAGGAGGUAUCUUCGUACUUUGGCCCCGACCCCAACGCAGCCUUUGCAGGUCUCCCAUCCCCUGGGGACAUUCUGCACCUGGAGCUGCUGGUGGCCGUGGGCCCUGAUGUCUACCGGGCUCUCGGGGAGGACACGGAGCGCUGUGUGCUGACGAAUCUCAACAUCGGGUCGGAACUUCUGAGGGACCCAAGCCUGGGGGCUCAGUUCCGCGUGCACCUGGUGAAGCUCAUGAUCCUCACGGAGCCCACGGAUGCUCCAAAUAUCACGGCCGACAUCAGCGCGUCCCUGCGGAGCGUCUGUGAGUGGAGCCAGACGGUGAACCCCGCGGAGGACGCGGCGCCCGGGCACGCCGACCUGGUCCUCUACGUCACCCGGUUUGACCUGGAAUUGCCUGAUGGUAACCGGCAGGUUCGGGGGGUCACCCAGCUCGGGGGCAUCUGCUCCCCCUCCUGGAGCUGCCUCAUCACCAAGGACACCGGGUUCAACCUAGGGGUCACCAUCGCCCAUGAGAUUGGGCACAGCGUCGGCCUGCAGCACGAUGGCACCGAGGGCAGCGGCUGCCCGCCCCGCGGCCACGUCAUGGCGUCCGAUGGCGCCGUGUCGGCUGGCGGGGGCCCGGGGUGGUCUCCCUGCAGCCGCCAGCAGCUGCGGCAACUGCCGAGGUACCCACCCCCAUCCCGCGGCCACGCCCCUCCGGCCCCGCCCUCAUCGCCACCUGGGGGGCUUCCCGCGGGCUUCCCCCAGGACGCACGGCCCGGCCUCUACUACGACGCGGACCAGCACUGCCGCGCCGCCUUUGGCCCCCGGGCUGCGGCCUGCACCUUCGCCAGGGAGGGCUUGGAUGCGUGCCAGGCUCUCUCCUGCCACACGGACCCCCUGGACCCCAGUAGCUGCCGUCGCCUCCUCGUCCCUCUCCUGGACGGGACGGCCUGUGGGAUGGAGAAGUGGUGCUCCAAGGGCCGCUGCCGCUCGCUGGCGGAGCUGGGGCCCGUGGCGGCGGUGCACGGGCGCUGGUCCGGCUGGGGUCCCGGCGGUCCUUGCUCGCGCUCGUGCGGAGGGGGCGUGGUCAUCAGGAGGCGGCGGUGCAACAACCCCAGACCGGCCUUCGGGGGGCGUGCGUGUGUCGGAGCUGACCUCCAGGCGGAGAUGUGCAACACCCAGGCUUGUGAGAAGACCCAGCUGGGGUUCAUGUCGGAACAGUGCGCGCAGACAGACGACCGGCCGCUGAGCCUCUCCCAGGACAGCCCCAACUUCUACCACUGGGGAGCGGCCGCUCAGUACAGCCAAGGGGACGCUCUCUGCGGCCACAUGUGCCGGGCGCUUGGUGAGAGCUUCAUGGCGAGGCGUGGAGACCGGUUCCUGGACGGGACUCGGUGUGUGCCGGGCGGCGCUCGGGAGGACGGGACGCUGAGCCUCUGCGUGUCCGGCAGCUGCAGGGUAGGCACCUGCCCAGCCCUUGUGUUUGGCUGCGAUGGCAGGAUGGACUCCCCGCGGGUGUGGGACGCGUGCCAGGUGUGCGGAGGGGACAACAGCACGUGCAGCCCGCGGAACGGCUCCUUCACAGCCGGGAGAGCCGGAGAGUACGUCACGUUCCUGACGGUCACGCCCAAUGUCACCCGGCUGCACGUCGUCAACCGCAGGCCUCUCUUCACACACUUGGCCGUGAGGAUCCAAGGGCGCUAUGUCGUGGCUGGGGAGGCCAGCAUGUCCGCCAGCACCGCCUACCCAUCCCUCCUGGAGGACAGCCGGGUGGAGUACCGAGUGACGUUCACGGAGGACAGGCUGCCCAGCCUCGAGGAGCUCCACCUGUGGGGACCGGCCCAGGAAGACAUGGAGAUGCAGGUGUACAGGCGCUAUGGGGAGGAGUAUGGAGACCUCGCCCAGCCAGACAUCACCUUCACCUACUUCCAGCCCAAGCAGCAGGGUGCCCGGGCGUGGAGUGCCGUGCGUGGGCCCUGCUCCGUGAGCUGCGGGCAGCCCUUGCUCUGCCCUCCAGGGCAGCUCUGGGUGACGUACAGAUGCCUGGACCAAGCCCAGAAGGAGUGGGAUGAGUGCCAGGGGCGCCCCCAGCCGCCGGGGUGGACCGAGCCCUGUGUCUUCCCGCCCUGCCCCCCAUCGUGGGCAGCGGGAGACUCUGGGCCGUGCAGCACUUCCUGCGGGGGAGGCCUGCGGGAGCGGCUGGUGCGCUGUGCGGAGGCCCAGUGUGGCCUCCUGGGGACGCUGCCUCCGGCCCAGUGCGGAGCCGCGGCCCCCGAGCCGCUGGCCGAGGUGGAACCGUGCAACACGCAGCCCUGCCCAGCCAGGCGAGUGUGGGCGGGCUUCCCCGGCAGGACCCGGCCAGACGGGGAGCAGGGAGCGUGGGAACCCCAGGACAGCCCACACGCAGAGCUCUCCCUGCAGGUGGACACGAGGCCUCUGGGAGGGGACGCUCCAUUCCCAACGGGCAACACCAGGCCGGGGGCUGUGCACGUGUGGACUCCACUGGCGGGGCCCUGCUCCGUCUCCUGUGGGCGAGGCUCCCGGCCCCUUCGCUUCCUCUGCACGGAUUCUGUCCUCCGGACGCCUGUCCAGGACGAAUUAUGUGACUUGGCCAGCAAGCCGGGGGGCCGGCAGGAGGUCUGCCAGGCCGGCCCAUGUCCUGCUAGGUGAAGCUCCAGCCUUCUAGCUGCAGGUGGGCCGCAGAUGUCUCUGGCUCUGCACUGUGUGAGGCUGCACGGAGGCCACACGGUUCCCGUGCCUCACUCCAACCCAUGGCGGCGGCUUGGGGAGGUGACGGGGGGGGGUGGGGGGGUCCGAGCCUGCGUGGGCAGCCCCCCCCCCGGGGUCUUCUGUCCCCACAGGUGGAAAGUCCUGUCCCUCGGCCCGUGCUCCGCCCGCUGUGGUCCCGGCAGCGCCACGCGUGCGGUGGCCUGCGUGCGGCGGGAGCGUGGCCGGGACACGGAGGUGGACGAGGCGCUGUGCGCGGCCCCGGUGCGGCCCCCGGCCAGCGUGCCCCGCCUCGCCGCCCACUGCGCCUUCCGGUGGCACCUCGGCACCUGGACGGAGAUGCUGCGAGGCCGACAGUUCGAGGCCACCGCCUGUCAGUGCCGUGCCGCGUCGUGCCAGGAAGAGACCAAGGUGGACGGGGCUGUCCCCGUGGGGCGCUCGCUCACGGCGGGGGUGGGCGGGGGAGGGGGAGGUCCACGGCACGGCCACACCCGCCUCGGUGGGAAGGACCCUGGGCGUCCCGGGCUGGCAGGAUGUAGCAGCAAACACGGGGGCCACGGAGUGGGCUGGACCGCGAGCGACGUCACCGUCUCCUGUGGUGAGGGCGUCCAGUUCCGCCGCCACACCUGCCUGGAAGCCCAGACCCCGGUGCCCGCCACCUUUUGCCAGCAGCACUUGCCCAAGCCGCUCACAGUGCGGGGCUGUUGGGUUGAGCCUUGUGGAAGGCCGGGGACCCCCAGCCCAGCCCCCCACGAGGAAGCCGCCGCCCCUGGCCCGACCACCGCUGCUGCCGCCGUGGCUGCUGGUUCUCUCCCGUGGCCCCAGCCGCAGGCCCGGGCCCGACUCCGCGUCCCAGCCUCCCGGCUUCCGGAAGCCCAGGAGAGCCCGGCAGCCCACGGGACCUGUGGCAGGCAGUACCUGGCGCCCACAGGGACUAUCGACCUGCGAGGCCCGGGGCGCGCGGACUGUGAGGUGGCCAUUGGGCGGCCGCUGGGUGAGGUGGUGAGCCUCCAGGUCCUCGAGAGCUCCCUCAACUGCAGUGCAGGGGAGGCGCUGCUGCUCUGGGGCCGGUUCACCUGGAGGAAGAUGUGCCAGCGGCUGCCGGGCGCCACGUUCCUCUCCAAGACCAACACGCUGGGAGUGAGGCAGCGGCGCACGCGGCCCGGAGGUGGAGUGGUGCUGUGGUACCGGAGCCAGGCUGCCCCGGGCACCUUCCACAGAGAGUGCGACACACAGCUCUUUGGACCCUGGGGUGAAAUCGCGAGCCCCUCAGUGAGUCCGGACCGCAGGCGUGCAGGGGGCUGCCGGGUCCUCAUCAGCUCUGCUCCGCGGGCCCGCAUUGCCAUCCGCGCCCUGGUCACCGUCCCGGCGACUGGGACCCAGGAGACCAAUGCCAGCUAUGUCUCGAUCCGGGACACCUACAGCCUGAGGACGACAGCCUUUGUCGGGCAGCGGGCGGUGUCCUGGGAGUCGGAGGGCAGCGAGGCCGAGGUGGAGUUGAGCCAGGGCUUCCUAGAGGCGCGCGCCAGCCUGCACGGCCGCUACUGGACUGUCCCCGAGGCUGAGCCGGCCCAGCCCGGCCCCGCCCUCCCGGUCUCCGGGCCCCGGACGCCCUAA